AUUUGGCCAUAGAACACUCACUGCCUAAAGCAACUUCACAUCGACACGCAAUUAAUUUCGGAGCUAAUCCAACAGCAGCAGAUAUCAGUAAGCGAUCUCCGGGAACUCCCAGCUCCGCCAGGGAAUGUCGGCGGUGAAACUCCCUCAGCCUGCUCCCUCCGCCGCCGCCAUCUGCACUCUCCGAGGCUCCGUCCUUACUCUCGCUAUCCUGACACUCGUCACCUUCUCUUACAUCUCCCUUAAAUCCCUCCGCUCCCCUUCUCUUCUAUCCCCUCCGUCCACUGACCCUACGCCCCUCACCGUACAACCCUUACAGCGACAGGUGAGUUAUGAUGCCGACGCGAGUAAUGCGGAGAAUACGGAGGAAGAUGGAGAUGGGAAUGGUGGUGGAGACGACGACGUUUAUCAUUUGCCCAAGGUGUUUAGAUUGAAUUAUGGGGAAAUGGAGAGGAGAUUUAAGGUGUACGUAUACCCGGAUGGGGAUCCGAAUACCUAUUACCAGACUCCGAGGAAGCUGACGGGAAAAUACGCGAGUGAGGGCUAUUUUUUCCAGAAUCUUAGGGAGAGUAACUUCGUGACGGAUGAUCCAGAUCGGGCGGAUUUGUUCUUCAUUCCGAUCUCUUGCCAUAAGAUGCGAGGCAAGGGUAUAUCAUACGAGAACAUGACUGUAAUCGUUCACGACUAUGUGGAGAGCUUGAUAUCCAAGUAUCCAUAUUGGAAUAGGACUCUUGGUGCAGAUCAUUUCUUUGUCACUUGCCAUGACGUUGGAGUCAGAGCAACUGAAGGAGUUCCACUUCUUGUAAAGAAUUCAAUCCGUGUUGUUUGCUCACCAAGCUAUGAUGUUGGAUUUAUACCACACAAAGAUGUUGCUCUCCCACAAAUUCUUCAGCCAUUUGCACUCCCAGCUGGAGGAAAUGAUUUGGAAAAUAGGACGACACUUGGUUUCUGGGCAGGGCAUAGGAACUCCAAAAUUCGGGUCAUACUGGCUCGUGUCUGGGAAAAUGACACAGAACUUGAUAUUUCAAAUAACAGAAUAAACAGGGCAACAGGACAUCUUCUGUAUCAGAAGAGAUUUUACAGAACUAAGUUCUGCAUUUGCCCUGGUGGCUCGCAGGUUAACAGUGCUCGCAUAGCAGAUUCCAUACAUUAUGGAUGCGUACCUGUGAUACUUUCGAAUUACUAUGACUUGCCUUUCAAUGACAUUCUAAAUUGGCAUAAAUUCUCGGUCAUACUAAAGGAGAAAGAUGUCUAUCAGCUGAAGGAAAUUCUCAAGAAUAUAACACAAGAAGAAUUUGCUAUAUUGCACAACAAUUUGGUCAAGGUCCAGAAGCACUUCCAGUGGAACUCACCUCCUGUCAAGCAUGAUGCUUUCCAUAUGGUCAUGUAUGAACUUUGGCUGCGCCAUCAUGUGAUCAAAUACUAACAUCAAAAUCAUUUGACGUCAGCACAACACAUGGUCAGGUAAAGCUGGCCAUGAUUUGUAAACUUGUAAAUUAUUAUGUGACAAUCAUAGUUUGUUUAGUUUGCUCUUUUUCUGAAAUGUUGGAAGCUAAAAAUAGAAGGCAGAGCACAUUGGGGACAUCUCCAUUGAUCUUUCUUAGUGUAAUUUGUUGAGUUCUUUUGUAUCUACGGGGUAUUUUUGGUUAAUACAACUUCAUGGUGAAAAUUUCUGCUGCAUA